AUGGCUACCAUGAAUCCCGUCGACCUUUACCACGAUCCAGCCCUAGAUUCCCUGAUCGCUCAAAAUACCGCGCGCAAUAGACAAAGUGGCUCAGGUCGUCGGAACAGCGGAGGACAGGGCAGGCGCCCGCUUUCUCAGAACCUGGAGAAUACAUUACAACCUCUUCCUGCUGCGCCCGAAGUGCCUCGUGGACCUCCCAUCUCCUAUCGAGGCCUCGGCCAGGGCGGGGAUCCCGGCCUACAGCGCUCUUUCUCCCAGAGAGCUAAGGGCAGACCCUUCCAUAGAGAAGCGUUUGAGGACUUGGAGGAUGAAUACCCUGAGGAAGCCGCCAAACCCAAACAGCGUAUAGUAUCCGAGCCAGUGCGCCGGGAACCCAUGCCCAGCGUCUCUCGAAAACCCGCACCGCCCGAUGGUCUGAGACUAAACACUGCGGACCUCAAUGGCUUGAGCGCUGCAGAUCCACCGGGAAGGAACACUGAGUCAACUCGCAAACCCUCCUAUAACGAGCCAAAAUCUGACCAGAAGGCUCGUCGGACGUCUGAGACUUCGCGCCGAGUGGAAGAGCCUGUAUCGUCUGUCAGCAGAUCGAGUGCUCUCCGAGACGAAGCUCAUAGAAGGGAUUGGGCCCCAGAUCGCUCGCCUCUACAAAAACUGGAAGUCACUCUCAAUGAUAUCAGCAAGGAAGAAAAGCGCGCGAGAGUGCAGGAGGCUGAGAUGCUACUGCGAGAGCGUGAGCCAAAACCAGCUCGAAAGGCUGUGGGAGCUCCUCGAGGAACUGGUGUGGUGUCCAUACCCGACGCUUCUACCACACGCUCUGCACCGAAACGGGAGCGGGCAACCGAUCAGGAAGUGCCAACCCUAGAAGAUGCGGUUCUGGUUCGAAAUCUUAGCACCACUCAGAGACAGCGUUUGCAGCAUAGCACAACUGUGGACAGUCAUCGGCCUGACGUACGAAGCCUUUCGGGAGAAGGCCAUCCAGCAUUUGAGUACACUAUCUCCAGCCCACUACAACCGGCUAAUACUUCUCAACGCCGCCAGUCAGGCAGUAAGAAUCGGCGAGUCAGUGAGCCAGCUCAAGAAGGACCGCUCGACUCACCUCGUGUAGCGAGCGAGGAAGUCCCGAUCAAGUCGGAACGGGUUCGAUCAGGAAAACAGCGGGAAACACAGCAGGUGGGCGCAGAAGUUGAGCCUUUGGGUGGGCAAGCACGGGCUCGCACAAUUGAUACUCAGACUGCGCCCCUCGCGAGAAGGGACGACUUUUCAGAACGACAGAGAAAUGCAUCUCACAAAGCAGCAUUGGAGAAACUCACCGGGGUGUCAGACCCCGUCAGAUUCGGGCGAGGUGGCUCACAGAGACUUCAGAAAGCUCCCCCAAAAGACGUGGAUGAGAAGAUUUCUUCGGCGGGCAGGACACCAAGCAGAAUACCUGUGCCGACCACAACAACAGCUACGCCAGCUCGCAGACAGGAACAACACAAUCAAGGUGCCGCUGAUCUAAGAAACGAUAUAUCGCAAAUGCAACAGCAACCACAGACACCACCAAUAAUAGGCUUAGGACACCAGUCUUCACCGCACCCAAGCAGUCCUCAAUCACCUCCAGCGAAGCCAGUAGAUGUGAUACGCCAAAGACAACGAAAAUCCAGUGUGUCCUUCAAAGAGCCGCUCAACAAUCGACCCGUCGAUGAGUGGAAAGAAGCCGGAACAGCCAGGCUUACAACCAUCGACUUUUCUCCUGAGCCACUGAACCCAGCGGACAGGGGAAAGGCUUGGUGGGAACAGACAGCGGCUUCAUCGAGCCGCAGACGCAGCAGAUCUGCGAAAGUGGCAGAUCAGCCUGCAGGUGACUAUAUCGACGAUAAAACCGCCGAGUUCAAGCCCAAUCUCUAUCUUCGGUGCGGGCCUUUGCUGCGCUACAAGGGCAUGAGAAGACAGAAAAAUGAAAGUGGAGAGGAGCGUGAAUUUUGGCGAGGAAGCGUCCUUAUUGUGACCCAGAAUUCUCAUUCUUCUUACGAUCCCGCGCCAAUCUUACGUCUGUUUUGCAAGCCACAGAAGUUGCUGCCUCCGCCGCCCCACCACGUUACCACAGAUGAACUUCAACCUGAAUAUGUUGAUCCGAUUGCUGGCUUGACGAAGCUCUCAAGGACUGGGAGGGCGUUGUAUGUUAGACCCGUGGACCAUCUGGAAGAAGGAAAGGAUUUAUCACAGGUCGAAAACGACGACGGCCUCUUCGAAAGCUCUCCCAGCCCGCUGGAGCAUAAUGGCCCGCAAGGUCUAGUUCCAUUCUCUAACAACCGCAAUCUCGAUACGGACGGAGAAAAAAUAGGAAGAUAUCAAGAAGUGGCUGGGGCUCGACUUUAUGCAGAUCCAGACCGCGAUGUGACCUUUUGGCGCUUUAAUCUCGAAAUAGAACUCGCCAACGAGCAACAACACAUUGCUUAUCGCAUCAAUCGUGGUCCUUCGGUUGGUUUCUGGGUGCCUGGUCGCGGUCAGACCAUGCACAUUAUGUUUCAUUCUUGCAACGGGUUCAGCCUCUCCGUCAAUCCAGACAGCUUCAGCGGACCUGAUCCAAUGUGGAGGGACGUUCUCAACACACAUCAGUCACAUCCAUUCCACGUUAUGAUAGGUGGCGGCGACCAGAUAUACAAUGACCGUGUCAUGCUCGAGACCGAACACUUUGGCGAAUGGACCAGGAUGAGGAACCCAGCUCAUAAACAUCACGCUCCAUUUACACACGAAAUGAAGGAAGAACUCGAAAGCUUCUAUCUGAACAGAUAUGCCCUGUGGUUCUCUCAAGGCCUGUUCAGUAUGGCUGCUGGCCAGAUCCCGAUGGUGAAUAUAUGGGACGAUCACGACAUUAUCGAUGGCUUUGGCUCCUAUCCAAAUCAUUUUAUGGAGACGCCAGUGUUCUCCGGACUUGGUAACGUGGCGUUUAAAUAUUACAUGCUCUUCCAGCAUCAGAGCGUCCCGGAAGAGACCACCGCACAUGAGCCUAGCUGGGUCUUGGGCCGACAGCCGGGACCGUAUAUCAAGCAACUCAGCAGAAGUGUGUUUAUGCACAUGGGGAAGCAUGUUGCAUUUCUGGGCCUUGACUGCCGCACGGAACGAAAGCGCAGUGAGGUGUUGAGCUUUGAUACCCUGGAUUUUGUUUUGGACAGAUGCCGCAAAGAACUCGUCGAAGGCGAGACAAAGCACCUCAUCAUCUUGAUGGGUGUUCCCCUCGCCUAUCCUCGCCUGGUUUGGCUGGAAAAUGUCCUCACCAGUCGACUUAUGGACCCGGUCAAGGCGUUGGGGAGAGCCGGUAUCCUGAAAGGCAGCUUUCUCAACAAGUUCGACGGCGGAGUUGAGAUUCUCGAUGACCUCGAUGAUCACUGGACUGCAACCAACCACAAACAUGAGCGUAACGAUUUGGUCAGAGACCUACAAGAUCUUGCGGCGGAAAAGUCCUGUCGUAUCACUGUUCUGAGCGGCGACGUGCACCUCGCUGCGAUCGGCCAGUUUCAUUCGAACCCGAAACUGAAGAUUCCAAAGGACAAAGAUCACCGAUACAUGCCAAAUGUGGUAUCCUCGGCCAUCGUGAACACUCCACCAUCAGACAUGUUGGCCGAUAUCCUGAACAAACGGAACAAAGUACAUCACCUAGACCACUACACGGACGAAGACAUGAUCCCUAUGUUCACGCAUGAUGUGAACGAUAAGAAGCGGAAUAAUAAACGAUUGUUACCUCGACGCAACUGGUGUUCGAUCCAGGAGUAUAUUCCAGGCUCGACCCCUCCUCCUUCGCCAUCCGAAAGUUCGGCAGUCUUCGAAGAUGAAGAUUUCGAGGAAAGUCCAGAAGCUCGCCCUCGACGAUUCUCCUUCACCAAGGCAGAUGUAAAUCCGCGAGCUCUCAUCCGCCGACUCAGCUCGCGAAAAGCGCCUCCCACGUCGUAUCGUGACGCAAUAUAUGAUCAAGGUCGUUCGGCCUCUCACGAUGGGACAACACGAUCUGAAGGGCCGACGUUGGCCCAAGACCGAAACGCGAGCGGCUCGCGACAAGCCUCAAGUGAGUUUCAGGCUCUUCCAAGUAGACGAGCUUCCUCGUUUGACCAUACAUCUGGCGGUGUACCUGUGCGGCCAGGCACAUUCAAACGCCGUCCUACCAAUUUCUCAGAAAAAGCCGCUAGGAAAGGAAACGUACCUGCCAUCGACGCCGAAGGUAAUGAAAUUGAUGUCAAUGAUCAUGUGAACCUGGAAGGCGGUCUCGAUGUAGUCUUGAAUGUUGAAGUCAAUCAAAAAGACCCGUCGGGAAUUACUGUGCCUUACAGGCUGCUUGUUCCAGCUCUUUGGUACGACGGUAGCUCUGACCGGGAAAAGCUUGACGAGGCGAGUGGAAUGCAAAGAAAACCCACUCUAUUGAACAGAUUUGGCAUUGGUAGGAGGAUGCCAAAAGCCCCCGGCAACCAAGAAGAAGAGUGGGGUCAGGACGAAAGCGAUGAGGACUAUGCAGAAGAUUCGUAUGCCCCGAGAGCAGGAGCGGCACCCCGUCGAAGAUUUAGUCUGUUUGGGAGCCGCCGGCAAAGGAGGGAAGACUACCCGAGUGAUGACGAGGAUGACACCGAAGACCAACCCCAGGUUCAAGCCAACGGAACUGGACAAUCUCAACAAUACCGCCCAGAGAACAACACUCGGGGUCAUCACCCGGUGUCACAGCCCCGGAAUGCUGAAUAUCAGAUGGUGCACAACAUGACCAGUCCCCCAAGUCACGACAUGCUUUAUGACACCGACAAUCGCCCACCAGCAAGUCACAGUCUCGAGCCGGGUGUCCAUUCCAGCGUCCGACGCUCCUUGACGAUAUCUGGUCGUGGUAUUCAAACUCGUGGGGGCGAAAUGCCGGUGGGAAGUACUGGAGGCAACCACUCUGGUCAACAGCUCUCUUCCGUCCAAGCAGUGGAAAGAGGCCAACCUCAUGUUGCUCCAUCGUCAGCGGCGUUCGCGACAAAUCCCCAUGGUGCUCCGGAUAGGCCUCAGCGCCGCCUCAGCAAACAGGAACGCGUCCUAGGGAUCUUACCCUCUGAGCCGCAACCUUAUGGGAUCCCACAGAAAUUGAGAGGCAACGGCGUCAUCGGGCGAGAUUUCAGACAAUCAUAUGACCAGGGGGAUGAAUUUGAGGCCCCUCCCAGGAAGGGAUAUUCUGGAACGUGGCAAAGCAUCCUGAAUACCAGCGAUCCCAGCCAUCCAACCAACAUUGCCCGCUUCGCUAGAGCCAUCAGUCCUGUUGCUCUGGUCAAAGGCCAGGAUGGUGUAGAACGGGAGGUCGAGCAGAUUAUCUACUAUCAACCUGGCGUGGGAACAGGAAUCGGCGACAGGAUCCGCGGCGGUGUCUAUGGCGCGGGACUGUCUGCCAAUAUCCGGGCGGCGUAUGCUUUCUUAGCACACAACUAUGACCCCAAUCCCGGAGACGAGAUCUUCUUCUUUGGUUUCUCCCGCGGGGCCUAUACUGCCCGCUCCAUCGCUGGGUUGGUGACCAAGCUUGGACUCCUGACCAAACGCGGCAUGGACUGGUUCCCGCAAGUCUACGAGGAAUACUACAAGGAUCCAUCCAGCAAACCAGAUUUCGAUUUUUCUCCCACCCUCAAGAAGUUGAUCGGCAAGGACUUGAACGAGAAUGCAAAGGAAGCGAUCAAAAUCGUCGGGGUUUGGGACACUGUGGCGUUUCACGGACAGGGACUCGGUGGCGAAAAGAUUGAAUUCCACAAUGCCGAGUUGUCGACCAAGGUCCAAUUUGCAUAUCACGCCCUGGCGCUGGACGAGCGCCGCAUCCCCUUCAUCCCGACACUGUGGCAGUGGCCGAAGGAUCCCAGCAACGGGUCGCAGCUGUACCGGCCCAAGAAAGGAUCCGGUCUUCAAGUGAUGAAGCAGGUCUGGUUCUCCGGAGUGCAUAGCGACAUCGGUGGCGGCAUGGAUGACCCUAGAGGGGCCGACAUCACGCUGGCCUGGAUGCUUGCCCAAUGCUCCAAGGACAAGAAACUGGCAUUCAUCGACGAGGACCCCGAACACCCGGACGACCCGAAUGAAUACUACCUGCUGGCGGACCGACUCAAGCCCAACCCAAACGAGACCUGGAGUCAGCUGGACGGCGAGCUCGCCCCAAAGCCCGGCACUGGCAUCAUCGGCGCCAUCAAGGACAAAUUCGGAGAGAUUAUCAUGGAUGAUCGAGAGGCCUGGCCGAUGGAAAACACGUUUGAACGGAUUCACCGCUCGAUCCACGACCGCAAUUUCGACAACUGGCCCUGUGGCAUGCUCAAGGGCGAGGCCCAGGGCGGUCUCUGGGCGCUGGCAAGUCCCAGUAAAUAUGGCAAGGCUCUUCAGGAGUUGGAACGUGAUGAGGUGGCCGAUGCGAUCGAGGACAAGUAUCGUGGGAGAGUCCGUGCCGCGCCAGGGUUGAAGGGCGGUCCUGCCAUACCGAAAUUGUAG